AUGAGUAUAAUGAAGGACAAGGUGAAGGCUACGCCAAGUCUCCAAAAUAAUAGCAAAGUAACAAAGAAAAAAAGAGGAGAAAAGAAACUGAAAGGAAAACCUCAUCAUGACAGAAGAAAAAUAAAAGACGUUCGAGGUGGGAGUACUUUCGCCUCCCCUCCUCCAAGAGCCCCUGGGGACGGUCCUUACAGUCUAACGAUGGCGUUCCGAUGGGCAGUCAGCUUCGCCCUUCUUGCCUUGGGUUAUUGCUUAAAGGAAGUUCAAGAAGAUCCAUGCAAGACGAAAUCGAGGAUAGUACCCGAUGCGACGUAUUGCGACCGAUACUGGGAAUGCCAGGACGGUCAGCCAGAACUGUACGACUGCCCCAACGGGUUAGUCUACGCCGGCAAGAACAGGGGAGUCACCGAGGGCUGUGACUACCCAUGGAGGGCCAACUAUUGUGAGAGCAAGACGCAAGCCAAUGGACCAAUCGGAAGGGAGCAUUGCGAUUGGCUCUACGGAAUCUUCGGGCAUGAAACCUCAUGCACCAGAUAUUGGACAUGCUGGAACGGUACGGCAACCGAACAGCUCUGCAUAGGAGGGCUUCUCUACAACGAGAACACCCACUCCUGUGACUGGCCAGAGAAUGUCGACGGCUGCCAGAAACAUCCUUUGUGUAACUCAGAAGCUAAUGGAAAUGUCCCCUUGGGCAAGUCCUGCAAUAGGUACUGGCAAUGUCAAGGUGGGUACCCAAGACUUCAGAGAUGUCCUGCAAUGUUAGUAUUUGACAAGAGGACUCUAAGAUGUGUUGUGCCUCCAACUGAGGACUGUGAGGUGCCAACCACCAUCCCUCCACCACUAGAGGAAGCAGAAGAACCUAAUGUACCUCAACAGGCGGGUCGACCUCAGGGAAGACCACAAGGAAGACCACAACAUCAACAACCAGCAAGAGAUUAUCAGCCACAACAGCAACAACAACAAACUCAGCAACGGGAAUACCAACAACAAUAUCAACCACAGCAACUAAGGCCUCAGGAAUUCCAAAGACCUCAGCAGCAGCAGCAGCAGCAUUCUGGUGAAGAACAACUGCCAUUCAACUUACCCCCUGGAGCAAUUCCUGUCAGAAGCAGGCAAAGGAAUUAAUUUGUGAGAAGUUGAUGUCUUAUCACUGUAAAAAUUAGAAUAGAUACCAGAGAGUACUAUACGUGUAGAUCUAUCAAAUUUGCUUUGAUACUUAUAAAAGCAUCAAACAAACACAUCAAAAGAAGACACACCGUAUCCUUUUAUUUAUAUAAUUUACAAUAAAUAUGUCUUAGUAUAAGAAAACACAACCCAGACAUUAAACAUUUUGUAAAUUCAAUUAAUGAUAUUCUUAGAGAGUUAGAGAAAGAAAGAAAGUAUUUUUAUAAUGUAUAUGGUUAACUUCAUACAGAGUUCAUUCUAUCAAUAAAAAUAAAAAUUAAAAACCUGCCAUCUUAUAACAUUGAACUUGUAUCACUUUGAUUCUUUUUUAAAAUAAUAGUAUAUGAAAACAUUAUAGUAGACCUAAAGAUAAAUCAAGCAAUGUUGUGAUUGAUUGUGUUUCUAUUUCUUAUUACAAAGUGUUGAUAAGACUGUGUGUGGAAUCAAUGUAAAGUACUAAGUUAAUUUUAAUUUGUAAAAGACUUUGUAAUUUAUAGGUUUAAGUUUAUUUUAUUAUUUUUUUUUUUUACUAAUCUUUUUGAGCAUUAAACACUGUGUUUGCUUACAAUUAUCUCCCAUUACCCUUAAAUUAUGUAAAAUAAAUUCCAUUGUACAUUCAAAAUGAAACAUUGCCAGAGAGUAUUGGGAGUAGAUAUAUAUCAAAAUUUCAUAGAUAUAAGAUUAAUUUGUAUUAUGAAAUAAAAUUAAAAUGAAAGCAAUUUUUUUUUAUUCACUAA